UGUCCCUAUAUUUUUAUACUAUAGUGUGUGUGAAAUUGUUCAGCAUUUGAUCAGACAUUCGACAAACGUCUGGAAAUGCCAGAUAAAAAGAUUACCUCAGAUGUCACAAAAACCUUCAGAUAUGAGCAUUUAGUUGCAGGUUUGAGCGGAGGAGUUACAUCAACAUUGGUGCUGCAUCCACUCGAUUUAAUUAAAAUCCGAUUCGCAGUUACAGAUGGACUAACUUCACGACCCAAAUAUAAAAGCUUGUGGCAUUGUGGAACCACAGUUUGGAAAUUGGGUGGAAUCCGAGGAUUAUACAGCGGAGUAACCCCAAAUAUUGUUGGAAAUGGCCUUAGUUGGGGACUGUAUUUUUUUUACUAUAAUACAUUUAAAGUGUCAUUAGGAGAUGGGUCGGCAAAUCCCCAUUUAACGGUUCCUAAAUAUCUUUUGUGUGGAUGUAUUUCGGGCUCCAUGACCCUUGCCCUUACUAAUCCAAUCUGGAUUACAAAAACCCGACUUUGUCUUGAAUAUGAAACACAAAAUCAGCGGUAUCGUGGAAUGACCCAUGCUUUAACUGUUUUAUAUAAGGAGGAUGGUUUCAAAGGUUUGUAUAAAGGUUUCGUUCCUGGCUUAGUCGGGACAUCACAUGGGGCAGUACAAUUCCUUGUCUAUGAGAAUUUGAAACAUUGGUACAGGGAUAAGCAUGGCCAUGGCGUGGAUUAUAAAAUGGGUGCUAUGGAAUGUAUUUUGAUGUCUGCAGUUUCAAAAAUGAUUGCAGCAAGUUCAACUUAUCCGUAUCAAGUUGUUCGUGCAAGGUUACAGGAUCAACACCAAAGAUAUAAUGGUGUUACUGACGUUGUCAAAAAAACAUGGAAAAAUGAGACAUGGAGAGGAUUUUAUAAAGGUCUAGGAGCAAACUUGUUGCGUGUUACACCUGCUUGUUGUAUAACGUUUUAUAUGUAUGAAAGCGUAUCACAUUAUUUGAUACAUGGUUCUACAGCCAACAAAUCGUCAUAAAAUGAUGAAAUUUUUGGUGCAAUCGUAACUUCUUUCAAUACUGUUCUAAUUUAUUAAUUCUAAUUUAUUCACUACAAAAUUACUUCAAUUUUUUGUUUUUUUAAUUCAAUAAAUUUAAUUUUCGAUAGCACAAUUAUUGAGUUCAAUCUUAUUACAAUAAUCGUUUCUGUAUUAGACAAUCUUUUUAUUCCGUGCUCCAUAAGGGGCUUUCUAUGCUAAAUAUAUACAGCUGCAGUGUGAUGAAUAUGGCAUGUUUGCUUCACUCACAACCAUUGUGGUUUUGCCAACAACUACACCAAUUUUUCAAUAAAUUGUUAUGACUGAUUCUGGAAGUGAAUAUUAAACAAUCAUAUUAUGAUAGGAUUUAGAAACUCUAUAUUUGAAUAAUAUUUAUUGUUAUUGAUAUGAUUUAUCCUCUUCAAAGCAAACUUAACAAAUCAAAGUUGUUAGAUGAAAAAUUCUUUAUUUAAACCGUAUAUAUGAUAUUGCAUAGUAGGCCUACAUAUUUAGCUAGUUUUUAAUGUAACUGAUAAAUUUUAAUUAUCUUAUAUGAUUAUCAGCGUCUUCACAAAUAAUGUGACAUUUCAUAUUCAUCAUGAAGACCACCCUAGACAAAAUAUCUCUCCAUUGUUUUACCACUGUUCUUCAUAUUGUUAG